AUAAAAUAAAUCCAUCUGAACUUCCUCAUCCGCACGCGCUGUUUUCAGCACCGAGGGUACACAUUCUCUCAGUAACACAUUUAUGCGUCACACCGUCGCAGUGACCAAUGCGCGAGCCCUACUAAACAUUCUGUACACACAGAUUAGCGUAGCCUAGCUUAGCCACUUCGCUAGAAUAUGCGAAUUAAAGAGAGGAGGCAGUAAAUGUGUGCAGUUUGAUCUGGACUGCACUGGGGACCGCAGCAGGGGAGAAGAAAGAUGGCUGGAAUUAUUAAAAAACAGAUCCUGAAACAUUUAUCCAGGUUUACAAAGAACCUGUCUCCGGAUAAGAUCAACCUGAGCACGCUGAAGGGAGAAGGUCAGCUCUCCAACCUGGAGCUGGACGAGGAGGUUCUGCAGAACAUGCUGGAUCUGCCCACGUGGCUCUCCAUCAGCCGCGUCUACUGCAACAAAGCCGCCAUCAGAAUCCAGUGGACGAAAUUAAAGACAAGCCCCAUAUGCCUGUUUCUUGACAAGGUGGAAGUAGAGAUGAUGACGUGUGAGGAGCCUCGCCCUCCUAACGGUCCUUCCCCCAUUGCCAUCACCGCAGGUCAAAGCGAGUACGGCUUUGCGGAGAAGGUUGUGGAGGGCAUGUCAGUCAUCAUUAACUCCAUCGUUAUUAAAGUGAAGUCCAGAGCGUUUCACGCCUCCUUCGAGCUCUGGCAGCUUCAGGGAUUCAGUCUGAACCCUAAGUGGCAGAAGAGUGACCUCAGAUACACUCGGAUAACACACCCUAAGAGAGGAGAGGUGCUAACCUUUAAAGAAAUUAACUGGCAGAGUUUGCGUAUCGAAGCAGACGCUAUAAAGAGCGAUGACCAGGAUUUGGGGAGCACACCGCUACGCCUCAUCACCAACCAGGGGCGCAUCCGGAUCGCUCUUAAACGCAGGUUAAAGGACUGUAAUGUUCUGGCAUCGAAGCUGCUCUUCAUCCUGGAUGACCUGCUGUGGGUUCUGACCGACUCGCAGCUUAAAGCCGUUAUCCAUUACGCUAAGUCUCUGAGCGAGGCCAUGGAGAAAUCCGCACAGCAGAGGAAGAGCAUGGAAACAGUCCCCACCUCACCUGGACCCCGUCCACCUUGGCCAGAGCCACACCCAGCCCCUGUGGCCACGCCCAACACGUUAGCAGAGUAUUUCGACCUUUAUGAUGUGAAAGAGUCGUCGUAUCACACAUUUAUUUCUCGUCUUGACCUGCACAUCUGCAACGACAGCUUAUCAUCAGAAACAGACGAACCACCUAUUCCAGGCUCCCAGGGUGCAAUGCAGCUGACCUUUCGUAAAAUGGGUUUCGAUUAUUAUCCCUUCCACAGACCAAGUGAUGGCUGUCGUCAUUGGGAGCGUUACUGCAGCGCUUUGGACUCUCGCACUCAGUGGGCAUCGAAACUGCUACAGGAUUUUCAGAAAAAACUGGAGAGCUCAGGAUUUCCCCAGCCUUCAUCGGAACCUCGUGAACCCAACACACAGUCUCCAGCCAAAAAAAUACACGGAGAUGGAGAGUCUGUAACAGUGACAAGUUUAGCUUUAAAGAAACUCCGCUCCAGCUGCAUGGUGAUCCGUGUCGACGAUCUGGACAUCCAUCAGGUGUCCACCGGGGGGCGUCACAGCAAGAAAACCCAGUCGCUUUUAUCAUGUAACCGCAAAGUGCUGAACAUGGCAGAGAACACUCCCGCGAUCCACCUGCAGUUUACCGAGUACUACUUCCCUCACAGUGCCGGAGGACCGGUACCAUGCUCUAAUCUGUAUGGGCAGAUGAACGGUCUGCAGCUGUGUGUCGACGCCGCGAGCGUGUUGUGGAUGUAUUCGUUUUGUCGUGGCUUGCUGACGACUCUUGAGCAGGUGAAGGCCUUUUAUCACCUGCAGGACAGCAGCAAGAGUGACGAACACGUGGACGUCAGAGUGGACGCUACACAGCUGAAGCUGAUCGUUCCUCUCGACUCGUCCAUCUUGGAUCACCCCGAUCGUCCACAUUCUCUGGGUUUCACUCUAUCUCAGGCGUUUCUGAGCAACACCAAUCACUCUCCUCACUCGUCCUUCUCCGACCUCGAGUCCACGUUCUCUUCUUUUUCCUCUCAGCCGUUUUUCCGACCCUCACCAGGCUUUCCUUUUCCUCGUGACCGGAACACCUUGCACCCUCUUCCUCCAGCAUUUCUAAAGUCCGAUCCGUCGCUCUUACUUUCACGUUCAUCUUCGCAAGACGUCUGGAGUCUAAGUUUGUCCAGAGCUGCAGGGUAUUUUGAAGGCGCUCGGCGAGGAGGCAAAGCGCCGCCGUUCAUGGAGCCGUUUGCUGCGUGUUUAUGGAUGUGCCGACCGCAAGCUUUAACGAGGUCGAUUAAUCAGGAUGGAUCGUUACACAAUGCAGGAAAUGGGAUGGCAAAACCGUCCAAUCAGGACACUCCAUCAGCAUCCUUCCACUUCCUGGUUCAGUCCAUCACUCCAAUCCGAAUGUGGCUCAGUCAUUAUCAGUACGUCGCUCUUCUCCGGAUGAAGGAUUACCUCGCUAGGUUAGCCUCUGACCUCAACCGCUUUCCGAGUGCAAAAACGAAAACGCAGGCUUCACCAUCGGUGUGUGUAUCACUCCUGUUAGAGUCGCUGGAGCUCGGUUUGCUCCUUCCGCCCGUCAUCGAGAAAACAGAAGAAGCAGAAGCGCCAGAGGAAACGGACACGCCAAGCCUGACGGACUCUGAUCUCUCGCCGUCGCGCCCAGACAGCGGGAUUGUGGGAAGCACAGAAAAAGCGUUAGAGCAGGAGGAGGAGGUGUGUGAUGGAGCCGUGGAGGGGCCUGUAGAGGAGGCAUGCGAGGCUAUUGAAGAGGGAUUGGACGAAGGGAAAGGUCAGGGAGGCGAUUCGCAGUUCACAAAAUCAGUCGUCUCACCAUCACUGUCUCUCGCUACAGUGCAGAAUCAGAACACUUCCAUGGUCAGCCUGGAGGGGGAGCUGUCCAACGCACUCAGUGUGACCAAAGACGUCACUAAAGACGCCCUCAGCGCUUCCCUGGACCUCACCAAGGGGGCUCUGUCCAUCACUAAAGACGCUUUCAGCAUCCUGAGCCGCGGCUCCGCCAUGAGCAAAAUAUUCAGCACUCAGAACAAAGAACGAGAAGAUUCUGCUCUGCGUCUGCCGCCCCUUAAACACUCGUUUUCCCAGAAUUCCUGUGACAGUGUUGUCAUGGACACCAGCACCGUUGAUGACAGACUCUCACUGGACAGCGACACCAGUGAAAACUUCGUCAUCUUCACAGACUCGGAUUCCGCUCGUCCUAACGGCACUCCCAUCCACUCGGUGAGAACAGACGGAGGAUCAUCUGCUGAUCUGAGCAGCUCUUUGUCUCACAGCUCUGAUGACAUGUCUCAGGAUAUGGCGUUCGUGCUGCUGCUGUCUCUGCGUGCUGUUCGCUCUCUGAUGCAGCUCCAUGAGCAGGACGCAGUGGUGGCGAUGGAGGUUCAGUCUGUUACACCAGAGCAGCUGGGAAACCAGCGAAUCGUGGACCUGCAAACGUUCACACACUGUGCUUCCUCUCCACCGAUGUCUCCUACGUCCCGUCCCCCAGUGCUGUGUGUCAGAGUGGAGGCGGGGCCAGGGGCAGGGCGUCACUGCUGCACGGCGGAGGGUGCAGGAUUCGUAGAGGUGUGUGUGCGCGGGUGCGAGGCCGAGCUGCUCACCUCGACAAUAAACACACUCGGCCCAUUCAUGGAAGACGAGCUGAACUCGGACGCCCAGCCAAUCAGAAUCACCGUGCACAACACCCGCAUUACACUCAAGGAUGAUGGUCCCCGUGUGUAUCCCACCGCCCCCCAGCCUCUUCCUGUCUCCUUUGUCUUAGAUGGUGUAGUUCUGGAGCGACUGGACGAUGCAAUGCUUAUAGUCAGACCCACCGCCAGCCAAUCAGGAAACAAAGCCUGUUGUCAACCUGAAGGAGAUGACAAGACCCAGACCCUACAGUCUGAGCUUUCUGACGUUCACUCCGCACUCUCCGCUGCCAUCUCCGAUCGAGAACGUCUCUUAGAAGAAAUCCGCAAAUACGACCCGUCCUUCGUGCUAUGACCUCACACCACUACUGGGCAAAGGUCAAAAGUCAUAGUUCAAUUGUAGAACUGUGUGUGUAUGUGUGUGGAAAGCUUGUUAUUUAUGUACUCUUCCUGCUCUACUGAUAACCAGGUGCCAUGAAGAGUUUAACUUCCUGAUACUUGUUUACUUCCUGUUACUUAGUAACUGGUUCAGUGUUAACGCUUUUAUUUUUUAUUGUAUUUUUUUUUUAUUAUUAUUUUGUUGUAAAUAGACCGGUACAGUUAGUAUAGGCUGCUAAUGAGAUACAGCACAGGUGUGUGUGUGUGUGUGUGUGUGUGUGUGUGUGUGUGUGUGUGUGUGUGUGUGUGUGUGUGUGUGUGUGUGUGUGUGUGUGUGUGUGUGCGUGUGUGCGUGAGGUGAAAAUGUGUGUGAGGUACAUCAGUUGUAUGUGUAAACGUAGUUUUAGGUAUUUGUAUUUAUAAUACACACACACACACACACACACACACACACUCUUUGCAUGUGCCAAUUUAAAAAAUGCCACAAAAUAUUUCUCAUGGAUUUCUCACGGCUCCUCUAAUUAAAAUUCCCUUUUCUUUUUUUUUACACAUAGAUUCCACAAUGGACUUCUUUCUCUAAUACCCUUAAGUGCAUUGUGCAAUGUGGAGGAGUUUUUGUGCUAAUUAGAACACACACGUAAACGCUAGACAAUUCUAGACCACAGUAGUGCUGUUGUGUGUGUGUGUGUAUGUGUGUGCGUGUGUGUGUGUGGUUAAUAUCAUGGUGUAUCACUAGCCAGUGCAUGUAUGGGUUAUUUUUAGUGUUUAUUUUAAUUUUUUUUAAAUCAUGUUUUGGUACCAGUUGUGUGUGUGUGUGUGUGUGUGUGUGUGUGUGUGUGUGUGUGUGUGAGAGAGAGAGAGAGAGAGAGAGAGAGAGAGAGAGAAAUUGGUUCUAAGUUUUAAUUUUUUACAACUUGAUUUGCACAAACCUGAAAAUGUGAUGUGCGAGGUGUUGAUGUGAUCUGCAUGCUCGACUCUCUCUACCUUAGCUGUGUAGGAUCACGUGUAAAGGUGUUAAGUAUCUGUUUGGUUUGAGCUACUUGUGGCCCGGUACUUGAUUAUCGCGGCGGAAGGUAGGAGCAGAUGUUGUUGUGUAAAUUAGUUUACUUUAUUAUCUGUUUGUAAGGCGGAAAGGCAGAAAACUAGCCGCGCGGUCUUAUUUAUGAAUAAGAUUCUGCGUUCCAGCCAAACGUCGCCUCGUUCGCUAUCAUCCCGGAUUAGUUUCAAGGUACUUCCUGUUAUCCGUUAUGUUACCGUAGCUAUAAACAGCCAAAUCUCUCUUGAAGUUAAUGCGCCAAAAAAAAUCCAGCUCUCGGCUGACAGAGUCAGAGUCGACUGACACCCUGACACCGGAGACUCCUUUUUUUUUUCUUUACACGUCAAACAGAACACAAAACGGUUAUUUUCAGUCUUAUAUUACGUGGCUCCUCCUCCACGCAAGUCGCAGUGUAUUCGCUGUUGCUAUAGAAACGAUAUUUGUAGUAUGGAUAUAAGUAUAGGUUAUAUACUUCUGAGCUGCUUCGAUAGAAAAUUAUUCAUCAUCUGCGGAAUCCAGAUAUAAUUAUACGAUGUCCAACAGAUUCAGCGUUUGUUCGCUUUAAUUACAUAUCCGUUAAAUUACUCACAAGACCGACGUUUGCUGACCCCAUGACCUUAACCGGGACAUUGAAACCAUUUUAAUGUAUCACGUGUCCUUGAAUUAUUUAGGGAAUAUUGUAAAGAGCUGAGAGGGGCACGUUGGCUUAAUGGUUAGCACGUUCGCCUCACACCUCCAGGGGUUGGGGGUUCGAUUCCCACCUCCGCCUUGUGUGUGUGGAGUUUGCAUGUUCUCCCCGUGCCUCGGGGGUUUCCUCCGG